AUGUCCCUGCAGGAAAUUUCCGCAUGGUGCAGUUUUCCGAUUGUGUUGCAAUGUUCUGGCGAUUUGAGAGGCAGCGAUGGUGUGUUCCUCUGUGUCGUGUCCCUUUCCCAGUCAACCUGCUUGUUCUCUGGACCUGAGCAGAUCCAUCCAACUGCUGACAAUCUAUCUGCAGAUCAUUUGGGGUUUGGACACACAGACAAGGGCACUUUCAGUGUUGGCAGUUGUUUUCAGCUACGCUUAUCCCAGAUUGUGCGAUGCUUCACGUUGAUGUAUAUCAUGCAAAGGGCUUCGUUUCCACAGUGA